UUGCCUGUUUUUGACGACCUGUUUCAUAUUUAUUUGAGAGGAACCCAGUUUAAUAUGUCGGUGUAUCUCGAGUCGGAGCCGAAACUGUACAGCUACAGUCGGAUAGUGUGCGGCAUCUUCACUCAUGUGUUGUGUGCUGUCUUCACUGGCUUCAUUACUGUGCUGACCAAACCUGGAACCAGUCUGUUCUCUUGGCAUCCGUUCCUCAUGACUCUUGCUUUCUCAUUUUUCAUGACUGAAGCCAUCCUCCUCUUCAACCCCUAUUCGUCUCCUGUCCGGAAGUUAAAACACAAAACUAAAGGCCGUCUACACUGGAUCCUGCAGUGUUUGUGCGUUUCAUGUGCAACUGUGGGUCUGAUCACUAUCUUUUACAACAAAAGCCUCAAUGGAAAGCCACAUUUCACAUCAUGGCAUGGGUUAAUCGGUGUCAUAACAGUGACGGUUGUUGUGGUACAAUCGCUUGGAGGACUUUCUCUGCUUUACCCCAAGCUAGCCAAAGGCUGGUCACUGGCAAAGCUGAAACGAUACCAUGCCACCUCAGGUCUUCUGACGUACCUUCUAGGCAGCACCAGCCUGUUUCUUGGACUCUGUUCUGUUUGGUUCAGUGCCAGCGUAAGCGGGUAUAUGUGGUAUCUGGUGGCCCUCUGUCCAACUCUCUGCGCUCUGGUUAUAAUGAGUCAGGUUACAAAUGCUUACAUGGCCAAGAAACGACAGCAGUAUUGAAGGUGGUGAAUAAUACGCAAGAAUUCAGACUUGUUGGGAAUGUACCAUCCGUAUCAGAGUUGCCAGUUACUGACCAAUCUUGACAAUUUUAUUUUGUUCUGUAAAUACUGUAUGUGAAGAUACUUAGUGCAACGACUUGUAAUUUUUAUUACUGAUGUAUAAAAUGAAGUUGACUGAAAAAGUGUGUGUGCGUGUGUAUAUAUAUAUAUCCUUGACUGCAUUUAGGGACUUAAUUUUGGUGGCAAUAAAGCUGUUCAACUUGUAGUCCAAAAAACCGUUAGUCUAAUUCGCCAUGGGUUCCCUCGUGAUCUAUGGAGUUUUUGAACUUGUGUAUAAUAAGGUCUGUGGUAUACAUUACUUGACGAUACGUUGACUUAUUGUUCUACAAUAUAAAUUGCACACUGUCAUACCUCAAACGGGAACUUUGAAGCUGCCGUGCGUU